AUGAAAUUGCAGGAUUUAGUGGUAGCUACGGUUGAUAAUCCAUCAAAUGCAGCCGAGUGGAGUCUUGCGGAGAUGAUCAAUCAGCCAAAAAUCUUCGACAAGGCGCGCGAAGAGCUGGACCACGUUGUUGGUUGGCAGGAGCGGCUCUCAGCGGGAACAGGAGAUAGGCUUGUCAAAGAAUCGGAUCUCCCUAAGCUCAACUACAUCAAAGCAUGUGCUAAAGAGUCAUUGAGGCUACACCCCAUAGCUCCUUUCAAUGUUCUAGACAAAUCAUCGAAGGAUCUUGUCGUGGGAGGCUAUUUUAUCCCCAAAGGCAGCCAAGUAUUGCUAAGUCACCAUGGCCUCGGGCACAAUCUUAGAGUUUGGGAAGAAAAACUAAAGUACAAACUGGAGCGCCACAUCAACGGUGAUCAGGACACUGAUGAACAGUGGCGGAGCUAG